AUGGCACAUCGACGGAGGAGAGGUGGCAUCGCCGUUAGAAGCCUUGCAACCCUGCUCACAAUCAGCUGGAUGGCAGAAGUUUUCAUGCCGCUGCUUGUUGCAACUCGCUGUCCAGCUAAGCACCCAUGCUGCCGUCAAUUCAGAAGAAUAUCGUUGACCAGUCUAGCCAAGCGCUCUGAGGAGCUGCGAGGAGAGGGGGUGCAAACUCCGUCCGCUUGCAGAGCUACUAAUGGUGCUGGAGAGAUGUUGCUGUUGGUACGCGGAGGCUGGCAAGGUGAAUUGUACAACUUGGAGCUGUCUUCUGCGUUGGAGGCAGCAGGCGUACGAUCAGCAGGUGGCAACCUGAGCCUUCUUGGCGCUGGGGUUUGGCGGCUUCACUGGCCGGCUCAAGCCUCAGUGGCUGUGCAGAAAGCAUGGGACGUUCUCCACAGAAGAAGGCCGGUCGGCUUACUUGCAGGUCCUUUCCAAGUGCUCCUGGGGCCAGCGCAUUCAUGCAGAUCCUUGCUGGAGGAAGCGCAGGGUGCCCGGGGUGCUGAGGACGGUGUUACGGGAGCAGAGAUCCUGAAGAAGGUGGAGGAGGGACUCGUCAAACGCAAGAAGGUCAAGAAUCUCAAAAACGCCAAAGAGGUUACCUGGUGGAUGAGACUGGUGCAACAUCAUGGGUCCAAAACAGGAACUCCACCGUUUCUGUUCGACGGGGAGUUUCCUUCUUUUUUGGCAAGGCUUGGUGCGAUUCUGGGCGCCGCUGGGGCGAAGCAAGCUGCUGCUGAGGAGCACGCAGAUGUGCGAUUGGUGCUGUUGAGGCUUCGUCUGCGCUCAUGCGACGGGCUUGCUUGGGUUCGCUCUCAAACAGGUACAGACAAGCAGGAGGAAGACAGCACUACGUGGGUGUUGGCAGCGGCUUUAGAGUCAGAAGUGAGGCGCUCCGAAUGGCUGAAGCGCUGGCAGCAUCGUCCGUGGACCUUCACAGGUGCAAUGGAGGGUCAGUUGGCGUCUGCUGCCGCCAGAAUUGCGAUUCUCUCGCACUGCGCACGCGCACAGGUGAAGGGUGCAAUCAAUGUGCUAGAUCCUUGUGUUGGCUCUGGGACACUGGCUUUGGCUGCAGCCAUGGAGCCUGAAGUGAGUAAAGUCUUCUGUGUUGACAUCAGAGACUUUGAGGAGCACUUGAAGGCAAAUUUGCAAUUUGCAAACGUGCCAGACAUUCAAAAGAUGACGCUGUUGAUGCCCCAGGAUGUCUCGGACCGUUUAACAGAGGCAGUGCUGGCCGCGACAGAUAUCGUUCUGGCAAAUCCCCCCUGGGGAAAAGUUUGCAAGACUGCUGAGGAUGGAACGGCAGUGAUGCAAAGCUUGAUCUCGCAGCUUCCCUGGGCCACAUUUGCCUUUUUUGUCAGCGCAGAAACGUUGAAAGAGGUCGAGGAUUUGUUGGAUGUGCAUGAGCAGGUGACGCUGGGCAGCUCGUCGCGCCCGGGCCAGUUCGUUGUAGCAACAGUACGUGACCAACAUAGGAGCACCGAACGCUGCAAAAAGCCUCGUCUCCUCCUGUCAUCUGUAAGGUUGUCGCUGUUACAACAACUCAUGCUCCCACAACGUAUCGUACAGUGCAUGGAAGGCUGCAGAAGCCCAUGUAACUUCAAGCCCGAGUAA